CACCCAUGGGUGCCGCCACCCUUUUUCCAGGCUCUGGGCAACGCCAAAACCACCCGCAACGACAACAGCAGCCGCUUCGGGAAAUACGUCGAGCUGAGCUUCGAUGGGUGCCAGCGCCUGCUGGGCGCCCACGUCAGCACCUUCCUGCUUGAGAAGUCCAGGGUGGUCUUCCAGGCCGAACACGAGCGCAACUACCACAUCUUCUACCAGCUCUGCGCCUGCGCCCACCUCCCCCAGUUUCAAAGCCUGGCGUUGGAAAGUUCCGAGCGUUUCUUUUACACCUGCCAAGGAGGGGAGGCCACCAUCGAUGGGGUGGACGACGGCGAGGAGAUGGAGAAGACCCAGAAUGCCUUCAAAACGUUGGGAGUUCCGGAAGCCCAGCAGGCCGCCAUCUUCCGCCUCCUGGCCGCCAUCUUGCAUCUGGGCAACGUGGAAGUGAGGGCCGAACGGGACGGCGACGCCAGCAGCAUUUCGGCCGACGACCCCCACCUGACCCACUUCUGCACCCUCCUGACCCUCCAACCCCCCUUGGUUGCCCAUUGGCUUUGCCACCGCCUCAUCCACGCGGCGACGGAAAGCUACGAGAAAAACAUGGCGGCCACGCAGGUCCUGGCAGCUCGAGACGCUUUGGCCAAAUUCCUUUACGCCCGUCUCUUCUUUUGGGUCCUGGAAAUCCUCAACGGGGCUUUGAGGGGAACGAAGGAAAGGCAACGCUUCAUCGGGGUGCUGGAUAUUUAUGGCUUCGAGAGCUUCGAGUCCAACAGCUUCGAGCAGUUCUGCAUUAAUUACGCUAACGAGAAACUCCAGCAGCAAUUUAAUUGGCAUGUAUUCAAAUUGGAACAAGAGGAGUACGUGAAGGAAGGCGUCCCCUGGAGCUUAAUUGAGUUCGGCGAUAAUCAAGGCUGCCUGGAUUUAAUUGAAGGCAAAUUAGGGCUGCUGGAUCUGCUGGAUGAGGAGUGCAAGGUCCCGAUGGGCAGCGAUUUGGGGUGGGCCCACAAGUUAUAUGGCCGCCAUUCGUCUUCACCCUAUUUCCGAAAACCCCGAGCGGAAGACGGGACUUUCGUCGUCAGGCACUUUGCCUAUGAGGUUCGAUACGACAGCCGGGCUUUCGUGGAGAAGAACCGCGACACCGUGUUCCAGGAGCAGCUGGGCCUCGUCGCCGACUGCGGGGUCAGCGCUAUUAGCCCGUUAUUAGCCCCUUAUUAGCGCUAUUAGCCCGUUAUUAGGGCUAAUAGGGUCCUUAUUAGGGCUAAUAGGGGCGAUAUUAGGGGUUAUUAGUGGAUUAUUAGGGGUUAUUAGGGCGGUUAUUAGGAGUUAUUAGUGGAUUAUUAGGGCUAAUAGGGUCGUUAUUAGGGUUAUUAGUGGAUUAUUAGGACUAAUAGUUGGUUAUUAGGCCUAAUAGGGUCGUUAUUAGGGCUAAUAGGGUCGUUAUUAGGGGUUAUUAGUGGACUAUUAGGGGUUAUUAGGGGUUUUUAGGGCGGUUAUUAGGAGUUAUUAGUGGAUUAUUAGGAAUAUUAGGG